UCCGCCGCGCGGGGUUGGAUUUUUUUUUAUUAUUAUUAUUAUUGUUUGUGUUUUUAUUUGGUUUGGUCGUAUCCGUCUCUACCGGCCGUAGAGACCGGUCCCCGCGGGCGGCCGAGCGCCACCCCCGACCCGGCCCGCGGGGCUGCCAUGGAUCGCACCGGCGGCUCCGGCGGGGGCAGCGACCGCAGGCAGCCCGAGGAGAGCAAGCCGCUGCUGGGCGAGAUGUCCGCUCCCGAGGGGAAUAAAAUGGGUGCCGCGCCGUGCCGGAGAGCCCUGCUCCACUGCAACGGCAUGAGGUACAAGCUGCUGCAGGAGGGGGACAUCCAGGUGUGUGUCAUCCGGCACCCCCGGACGUUUCUCAGCAAGAUCCUCACCUCCAAGUUCCUGCGGCGGUGGGAGCCGCACCACUUGACCCUGGCGGACAACAGCGUCGCCUCGGCCACGCCAACUGGGUACAUGGAAAACUCCAUUUCCUACAGUGCUAUUGAAGAUGUUCAACUGCUCUCCUGGGAGAAUGCCCCUAAGUACUGUUUACAGCUCACGAUCCCAGGGGGUACUGUCUUACUGCAGGCUGCAAACAGUUACCUGAGGGAUCAGUGGUUCCAUUCUUUGCAGUGGAAGAAGAAGAUUUACAAGUACAAGAAGGUGCUCAGUAACCCCAGCCGCUGGGAGGUGGUGCUGAAGGAGAUCCGGACGCUGGUGGACAUGGCGCUGACGUCCCCGCUGCAGGACGACUCCAUCCACCAAGCACCUCUGGAGAUUGUCUCCAAACUGCUCUCAGAGAACAACAACUUAACCACUCAAGACCAGGAGAGCAUUAUUGUGGCAAUUGCACCUUUGCUGGAAAACAACCAUCCUCCUCCUGACCUCUGUGAAUUCUUCUGCAAGCACUGCCGAGAGCGCCCGCGGUCCAUGGUCGUGAUCGAAGUGUUCACACCAGUGGUACAGAGGAUUCUCAAACACAACAUGGAUUUUGGGAAGUGCCCUCGGUUGCGGCUGUUUACUCAGGAGUAUAUUCUGUCUUUGAACGAGCUGAAUGCUGGAAUGGAGGUGGUGAAGAAGUUUAUUCACAGCAUGCAUGGUCCAACGGGACAAUGCCCACAUCCCAGAGUCCUGCCAAAUCUUGUAGCUGUCUGCUUAGCAGCCAUUUAUUCGUGUUACGAAGAAUUUAUCAACAGUCGGGACAAUUCGCCAAGCCUGAAGGAAAUUCGGAAUGGCUGCCAGCAGCAGUGCGACCGAAAGCCUAAUCUCCCCCUCCGCCUUCUGCACACAAGUCCUGACCUGGUCUCUCAGGAGGCCACCUUGACUGAAUCCCGUCUCAAACCAGUUAUUGUCACUGCAAACGAGAUCCACGUGGAAGUGGAGCGCAACAACACGGCGAACCAGAAGAUGACAGCCAGCGUGGGCAACGACAGCGAGCCCAACCUCAUCGACUGCCUGAUGGUCAGCCCCACCUGCAGCACCAUGAGCAUCGAGCUGAGCGCCCAGGCAGACAGGAUCCUGGGCUGCUAUGUUGAAAUACUCAAGAUGCUGUCAGACUAUGAUGACUGGAGACCAGCCUUGGCCAGCUUGCUUCAACCUAUCCCAUUUCCCAAAGAGGCUCUUGCACAUGAGAAAUUCACAAAAGAGCUGAAAUAUGUGAUUCAGAGAUUUGCAGAAGACCCGAGGCAAGAAGUCCACUCCUGUUUGCUGAGUGUGCGGGCUGGCAAAGAUGGCUGGUUCCAGCUCUACAGCCCUGGAGGGGUGGCCUGUGAUGAUGAUGGAGAGCUGUUUGCCAGUAUGGUUCAUAUUUUAAUGGGAUCCUGCUAUAAAACAAAGAAGUUCCUGCUUUCACUGGCUGAAAAUAAAUUAGGACCUUGCAUGCUACUGGCUUUGAGGGGUAACCAGACAAUGGUAGAGAUUUUGUGUUUGAUGCUGGAAUACAACAUCAUUGAUAACAACGACACCCAGCUCCAGAUCAUCUCCACCCUGGAAAGCACAGACGUGGGAAAGAGAAUGUAUGAACAGCUGUGUGAGAGGCAGAGGGAGCUGAAGGAGCUGCAAAGAAAAGGUGGCCCCACAAGGUUAACACUGCCAUCCAAGUCCACGGAUGCAGACCUGGCCCGCUUGCUAAGCUCGGGAUCUUUUGGGAAUCUGGAAAACCUCAGCCUGGCCUUCACCAACGUGACGAGUGCUUGUGCUGAGCACCUCAUUAAACUGCCUUCGCUCAAGCAGCUGAACCUGUGGUCGACUCAGUUUGGAGACGCGGGGCUGCGGCUCCUGUCCGAGCACCUCACGAUGCUGCAGGUGCUCAACCUGUGCGAGACGCCGGUGACGGACGCGGGGCUGCUGGCGCUGAGCUCCAUGAAGAGCCUGUGUAGUUUAAAUAUGAACAGCACCAAACUUUCAGCAGAUACCUAUGAAGAUCUCAAGGCUAAACUACCCAACCUGAAAGAGGUGGACGUCCGCUACACCGAAGCGUGGUGAACUCUCCCUGCCUCCGACUCUUCUCUUUUGCUUCUCGUGAGAAGGAAAAGAUUUUUAAAACAAACAGAGAAAAAAAAAAAA